GAGGGGGUCACCCCAGCUCUGAGGGUCCCGGGUUUCUAGCCACCAGCACAUCCUAAGGAGAGCAGACCACAAAAUACACUCUGGGCCCGGCAGCGGGAGAUGGGCGCCAGGCCCUCGCGGAGGAGGCUGCCGGCGGACCCGCCCCUCGCCCUGGACGCGCUGCCCCCGGAGCUGCUGGUGCAGGUGCUGAGCCACGUGCCGCCGCGCGCGUUAGUGACACGCUGCCGCCUAGUGUGCCGCGCCUGGCGCGACGUGGUGGACGGGCCCACCGUGUGGCUGCUGCGGCUGGCCCGCGACCACAGCGCCGAGGGCCGCGCCCUCUACGCGGUGGCCCAGCGCUACCCGCCCCGCAGCGAGGACGAGGAGGAGUUCCCGCUCUGCGCCCUGGCCCGCUACUGUUUGCGCGCGCCCCUCGGACGCAACCUCAUCUUCAACUCCUGCGGAGAGAAGGGCUUCAGAGGCUGGGAAGUGGAGCACGGCGGGAACGGCUGGGCUGUGGAAAGGAACCUAACGCUGGUGCCUGGGGCUCCUGCCCAGACCUGCUUCGUGACUUCUUUCGAAUGGUGCUUCAAGAGGCAGCUGGUGGACUUGGUGAUGGAGGGGGUGUGGCAGGAGCUGCUGGACAGCGCCCAGAUCGAGAUCUGUGUGGCCGACUGGUGGGGCGCCCGGGAGAACUGCGGCUGCAUCUACCGGCUGCGGGUCCGCCUUCUGGACGUGUAUGAAAACGAAGUGAUCAAGUUCUCGGCGUCACCAAACCCGGUCCUGCAGUGGACUGAGAGGGGCUGCCGGCAGGUCUCCCCAUGCAGGUCUCCCACGUCUUCACCAACUUCGGCAAGGGCAUCCGCUACGUGUCUUUCGAGCAGUAUGGACGGGACACGCGGUCCUGGGUGGGUCACUAUGGCGCCCUGGUGACCCACUCCAGCGUGAGGGUCAGGAUCCGCCUAUCCUAGCCACCCGGCAUGAUCAGCCUUCCGGGAGGACCUACCUUCUGCCUGACACCUUGUAUGUCGAGGGCACCUCUGCAGUCAGGAGCAGGGGCCACCCAGAGACUUUGGGGGACCCACGUGGUCUGUACACCUCCCAGGAGCCCCGCUGCACUUUCGGCAUGGCCGCCCACCCUGGGUGACAAACCUGGGCCCCCACUAUGCUGCUCACAGUGUUCUUGGCUUCCGGGGGGAGGGGCGCAGAGAACUGCUCACAGGGGUCAACUGAGCACAGAACUACGGAUGAACCGGGACUUGAAUCGAAGAGAAAGUGGCCAGCAAGCUGGGGUGCGGCUCUCACCUACCGCCCUGGUAACAGACUACUGGCAGGAAGCAGAGGGCGGCCCCGGCCAGCUGUCCCGGGGGCAUCAGAGGAAGCGCUUUCUGCAUUUCUGGAGCCUCGGAGCUUCAGCUGUGAGGCCCAUGCAGCCCCCACCAGCACCUCCCCUUUGGACCAGACUCAGUUUCUUCUCCUGAGGCCAAGUAGCCACCAACCCUACAUGGUCCCUCCGGCUACCUCCUGCCCUGCCGACAGGGCAGCCCGCCUCCUGCCUCCAACACCUCCUGCACACCCACAUGCACAGGGGCUCCAGGAGCAAGGCCUGCUGGGAAGGAAAGCUCUCCUGUCUGACCCCCCGUGGCCCCACAACUUCCCCAGUGGGGUACAGCCACCAAACUGGCUCAAUAAAGUUGGUGCUAAACAUGAGGUGACAGGGGUUUGCAUCUGAUCCAUUUACUUGCCGGAAGCAGGUUCCGAUCCCCAAAGGCCUAAUGGAAUGUUUCCAAAAGCGAGAGCUUUAGGGGGUGCACUAAGCCCCAGGCACUGCAUGGCGCCCCUGGGGGUUCUCGGCAGUUCUCCCAGCGGCUCUGGGGCAGGCGCAUGACCUCAGCCAUUCAGUCCAGGGAGGAACAGAGAAGGCUGAAACGGCCAGGAAGCAGGGGAGGCAGGUCCCGGGUGGCCCCAGAGUCCAGCCACAUCCGCGCAGCUCCCAACUCCCAGGGGCCAAGGACACGACCAGCUGAGGCCAGCUUUACUCUUGUAUCCAUUUUCCAAAGGAGGAAACAGGCCCAGAGGGGGAACAAAUAAUCCCACAGUCAUGGAACAAUCAGGAGGCGGCAGGCCUGGGAGCCUGAGAGCACGCGCAGGGAGCACCCGCGGGAGACAGCAGUCCUUUCAACACCCCUCUGUCACCGACACCACAGCAACCGCCGUUUUUCGGGAGGAGGCUCGCCAGGCCUCCUGCCUCCCACCUUUAACACAGUAGCCCCUGCACGUGAGUGAGGCCCAUACGGCCAGCGCUAUGCGAACCCCGCGGGGUU